GACCUCAGGGACAAUAAGCUAACCGCUCUGAUGCCAGAGGAAGUUGACGAUGCAAUGAACAGAGAUCAUUUCGUGAGAAUGACCGACAUGUGGCCAACAAGGUACGAGGCGUAAAGAUCGCAAGGCACGGUGAUGGCGUUAACAACCGGACACGACAUCUCCAUUUGCCUGCUUCCCCUAAACUCAUGUCACUCUCGUAAUAGUAUGGAACUGGUUUUCAUCGUCUUCUGCCGUGUUACCUACCUGGACGCUCCUUGGACCUUACUGUCAAGAAAGAAACCUCUUCAUUCAGACAAGAAAGGCAUUUAAUGCAUUUCCCUCCUGGACCCUCAAACACUCUGUGUGUGGUACACUUAAUUCAAUUGAUAUCUUGUGAUGGCAGCACACGACCCUGGCAGGACAACAGGAUUUUCUUGCAAACAGUGUGGCAUGGUAUGUCCCAAUAUGCCCAGUCUGCUUGAGCACAUGGAUGUUCACCUUCAACAAGAGGAAGAACGCAAAUUCAAGUGUGACGAAUGUGGACGUGGCUAUAGGCAUGCUGGUAGUCUAGCUAAUCACAAAAAGACACACGAAGUGGGUUGUUUUCAGUGUAACAUUUGUGGUAAAGACAACUCUAACGCUUUGUCCCUGAAGAGUCAUCUCCGGAGCCACACUUCACAGAGAAAGUACUCGUGUGCACAUUGUGGGAAAGCUUUUCGUCUGGCAUCUCAGCUGGCUACACAUGAGCGGGUUCAUCUUGUCAGGCGAACAAAGGAGCAGUCAUACAGGAAGUUAGACAUGGAAUAUCCCACUCAUGAAAAUGGUCAUGAAAUUGAAAAUGAUCCCCCACAUCAUCUCAAUGACCAUUCAGCCAAUUUUGUGAUUUCUUCCGAAGAUAGCCCAGCUGAGGACAAGACAGAGGAUGUGUAUAAUGCACAAGCUGAUUCCUCUGAUGAUGCAGCAAACCGACCUUUCAGAUGUGAUUUAUGUGACAAAUCCUACAUACAUCACCGGAGCCUAACCAAUCAUAAAAAGACUCAUCAGGUGGGAAUGUUUGAGUGCACUGUCUGCUUCAAACUUUUUAAUAACAUGGCUGCCCUCUACAGCCACCAGAGAACUCACAAGGGGAGAAGCGGGACAGACCCUGGAUCAGUGGGUGGGUCAUACACAGCCACACCACUCGGACAAUUUUCAGCUCAGACACAGGAUGCUCAAGUAAAUUUCUGCCAUUUGUGUCAGGUACUAUUCCCCAGUGAUGAGCAGUUCCAAGAACACAUCCAAAUGCAUAACUCUUCAUCUGUAUCAUUUGGUCUUCAAGAUACCUUGUCAGAGAACCACAAUGUGUCAUAUGAGAACAGUAUUGCUUCGCCCGAGUCUAAUUUUUAUGCAUCACCUAUAAAUAAUAUUUCAUCAGUGUCAUCAGUAGAUAAUCAUGGAGGUUUUGAUCAGCCACAGGAGCCGUUUAUGAGUAAUGGACACGUGUACUCGGACUGCUCCAAUAAUCAAACCCCAUCUUCCAGUAGCACUCAGGGAGAGCCCCCAAUCAUGGACGCAAGUGUUUUCGAUCCUGUCCUGGCGCACUCACGAAACACUGCCAAUGCAACUGAAAUGGAGGAGACUUCGACUGUAGAUUCUGAGGAACGUCCCUUCAAGUGUCAAAUCUGCGGUAAAAGCUAUCGGCACUCUGGGAGCCUCAUCAACCACAAAAGGUCACAUCAGAUUGGGAUUUACCAGUGCUCCAUAUGCAGAAAGAGUUACCCUCACCUGGCCGCCCUCAAAAGUCAUCUUCGUCUCCACAAAGCUCAGCCAUCAUCUUUUAGCCUCAAUGCUGGGGGAGACUGGCUCUCCUCAGAGCCUCUGACUAUGGAUAGCCAGCAGGGCUGCUUCUCCUCGCAAGAGGAGGAAGACGGCUCCCAGCCUGUGCUCGGUAUUGAUCACAAGAACGGAGUUGACCACAACAAUGGAUCACUGUACCAUGAGCAGUUUAAUCCGGACUUUUCCCAGGAUAUGACUGUGCAUCUACCUCACGAUGAACACCUGAUGCAGAGGCACAUGUGUGCAGACUGUGGUGAGACAUUUGCAGAUAUUGCAGGGAUUAAGUCUCACUGUUGUCCACUGCUUCAAACUCAACACAACACUUCUAGCAGUGACUAUGGGAGUAAUGAAAACUUCCAGGACAGUAACGGUCACUUUUCCAUUGGAAAUCCACAGAGUGAUGUAGAGUUCCAUGGUCUGAAUGGUAGCCAUGACCAAAGUUACUUUGAGCAGAAUUUCCAUGAAGAAGUCAGGCGCCAUCAGCUGAACGGUGGCAGAGAAGGUGAUAACGCUGAAGAGGAUGAUGACGAUGGAGAUCUUUAUCAGUGCUCUAUAUGUGGAAACAGCUACAACAGCAUGAGGGCUCUCAGGAGCCACCUCCGAGGGCAUACACAGUUGCACGGUACUCCUGCAAGCUCAGGGCCUUCCUCCAUGUCCUCCCAUGAUGAAGUGAAAGAUGAUGAGCUGGGAGAGAUGAUGAUCUGCAGCACGUGUGGGGAAAGUUUUGCCAAUAAGCAGGACUUGAUUACCCAUCAACUUCUCCACAAUAAGGAAGAGGUAGACAAUGUCACUCAUUUACGUAUACACAACAGUGAUGUGUCUGGAGGCAAUGAGGAGCCACAGAGUAUCAUCUGUGGCAGCUGUGGGAUUUUCUGCACCAGCUACCAUCAUCUCGAGAACCACGGCUGCACAGCUGAGACGGAAGAUGAGUUCAUGAAUGUUAAAGAGGAAGUGAAGGUAAACGAUGUUGCCCAGUAUGAGGACACGAGUAAGGUUACUGAAACGGGUGAAACCAAAGCUCGUCAGUAUAAGUGUGAUCAAUGUGGGCGGUCAUACAGACACGCCGGCUCCCUCCUUAACCACAAAAAGUCCCACAAAACCGGUGUGUUCAAAUGUCUUGUCUGCCAGAAACGCUUCUACAACCUCCUGGCCUUAAAAAACCACCAGAGAUCCCACUUUGAUAUCAAGAGGCACACUUGCCAUGAGUGUGGGAAAGCCUUCAAAAUUCAGAAGCAGUUACUGAACCACCUGAGAAGGCACAAAGAGAACCAGGCCAAAAUCCAGGAACUCAACAACCAGAUCCAGGCCCUCAUGCAGAUGAAUGGGACCCGGUCAGAUGGAGGAAUGCAGUCCUCAACUUCAAAUUCCAAUCAGGCUUCUACCUCUGCACGACGCUCCAAGCGACUACCUGCAGUUGACCUAGCGCAAACAAAGCUCAAUACUUCUGUCAAAUCUGAGGACACAGGCGAUCCGCGACCUUUUGCGUGUGAUCAGUGUGGGCGUACGUAUCGCCAUGCAGGAAGUCUGGUCAACCACAGAAACUCCCAUAAAACAGGCGAAUAUUACUGUUCUGUUUGUAACAACACUUACUCCAAUCAACUAGCAAUGAAAAACCACUUGCGCACCCACUUUGCAUAUAAAAAGCACUCUUGCCAAAAAUGUGGAAAAGGCUUUAGAGGAAAGAAGCAGCUAUUAGCUCACGCCUGUGCAGCCCUCAGAAAUGAAGGGGCCAGAGGCAAGAGGGGCCUCAAAUCUAGAUCCUCAAAGUGUAAGCAAUGUAAACGGGCCUUUCUCUCUGUUGACCAACUGGCAGCCCACACCUGUGAUAGACCUUCAGGCAGCAGUGAUGCCCCAACAAAUACAUCCCCAAACAAAGAGGCGCGCCCUUUCACAUGCAACAUAUGUAAUCGCAGCUACCGCCACGCGGGCUCACUCCUGAACCACAAAAACACCCACAAGACCGGUCAGUUCAGUUGCACCUUCUGCUCCAAGCCCUUCACUAACCCCAUGGCUCUGCGAAAUCACACGCGCAUCCACACGCAGAAGAAGAAGUACGUGUGUCUCACUUGCGGAAAGGCCUUCCGCCUCGCCAGCAUCCUGCACAACCACCAGAGGGUCCACAACAGGGUGGCCAGUCACUUCAGCUGUCCUGCGUGUGGAAAGAAUUUCCAGGGAAGGUCUGGUCUGAAGAGGCAUCGCUGCCGCAGAGGUCAGAGGAACUUACUGAGAGCUGGAGUCCAGCAGUCGGAGAGGGGAGAGAAGUGCUUCAUGUGUGACCUGUGUGGGCGCUCCUACCGUCACGCCGGCUCCCUCCUCAACCAUAAAAAGACACACUCCGAAAACCUCCACCAUUGUACCUUGUGUCUCCAGACAUUUCCUGACUCUCUCACUCUGCAGAUACACUCCCAGAUGAGGCGUCAUUGCUGCCCCGAGUGCGGCAAGACCUUCUGCCUGGUCGCACACCUGCAGAGCCACAUGGAGGUGCACUCCAAGGACCGAGGAGUGGUCUGCAGCCUCUGCCAGCAGAGCUUUCCCACCACAGACAGUUACCAACAGCACCACGACAUGCACCACGGGGAUCAGGGCCCCUAUCAACAAGCUGUGGACGAAACCGUAGACAACAACUUCUGCUGGGACUCAGGAAUAAAUCAGACCAUGGGGGUGGACGGGAUGCACAAGCAGGUUCCACCAUCUCUGUCCCACAUACCAGGAAGCGCCAGUAAUUCACAGAAGGGUGACGAAACUGCCGGCGCCGAUGAGAAGAGCCACGUCUGCGAGCACUGCGGCCGCACUUAUCGCCAUGCCGGCUCCUUGCUCAACCACAAGAACAGCCACAAGACAGGCUCCUUUUUCUGCUCAAUCUGCCAGAAAGAGUUCACCAACCUAAUGGCUCUCAAGAACCACCGGCGCAUUCACACAGAGCCCAAGCGCUACCAGUGCCUGGAGUGUGGAAAGGCGUUCCGUGUGUCAACUCAGCUCAUAUGUCACCGGAGGAUCCACACCAAAGAGAAGCCCUUCGCCUGCCUGCUGUGUGACAAGAGCUUUUCCAGCAAGUCCAACCUGCGGCACCAUCAGAAGAUGCAUCAGAACACACAGUCCUACAACUCCUCUUUUAGCAUGGACGCCGACACGUUUAUGGACCUGGACAUGGGGUCUUUCCUCUAAAGAAGUACUGCAGAGCAUACAAGAGAAGAGGACUGGUGAUCCUUUUGUUUAUCUGUUAUUUAUCUCUCUAUCAGUAAUUGUAAAACAGUAUUUUCUUUAUCCGAAAUGCUCCUCAGUCCCAACAGGAGCUCCCUUUUGAAGAUGCACAUUUCAUUACUGUCCACCAAGUCUUACCUCGGCAACAGAUUGCAGCUUCACUGAAACGUCUCCAUAGAGUUUAUCGGCCAUCUUUUACGAAGGCCUGCAAGUUUUCCGUGAACGAACAGGAUCCCAGAAUACAGGGCGAGCGAAUAAACCAAUAGACGCUCAUUCCUCAACGACAAACAAACCAACCAAAGUGAACAGAAAAACCGCAGCCCAGGUCCAUGUAAGAAUAUUAACACUGAUACCACGUUUUUUAAGACUGCUGUGUUCCCUCCCCUCUUGCUGCGUAUAAUUUUUGUUCAGUGCCUCUGUACGUUCCUUAGAAAACAUAAUAUACAAACUCUAUUUAUCGUUGAAUCCUUUUGUCGGCUUCGCCGUCAAUAUGGGAGGACUGCUAACUUUUCCUUCAGGAGAUCACACAGGGCGAGCCUGUUAUUAUGAAGUCAAAUACCUCUGGGUGUGUCCAAAGGUCAGUGGCAAAGUGAUUUACGGAAAUCCUAUUAUCAAGUAAAUAGUUGUACUGCUAAUAAUAUUCACAUUGAGUGACAUUGUAUGCUAAAUUGAUGUAUUUAAUAAUUUAUUCCUGUUGUUUUAUGCCCAUAUUUUAUUAGAAAAACGUUUUAUGAAUGUUGUAAGAAAAAAAAAAUCUUAAAGGGUCUUCUGAAACUCAUGUAGCCUGUAGGGAAGUUCAUCAGUGGAUUUCGAACUCAUUAGCUCACAGUUGCAACAGGCAGGAAUGAAUGAGCCAAGGACGAUGUGUUGUUGGCAGCUCAGGGUGAAACCUUCAAAAGGAACAAACCUGAUGUAUAAAUCCUUGUAGAUAAUCUGUCAGUUUGAACUGAACAUAGAGUUUUCCUUGUUCUUGUGCCAUUUAAACAUGUUCUAUAUAUUUUAUCAUAUGUAACGGUUGUCAGUCACGCCGACAUUCAGCUGCAGCUGCAUGUUGCAGUGCUGCCGACCAUGUGGAUUCUUUUGUAGAAGCAUCAGUUAUGUAGAAGAGCCAGUGCCUCAAAUGUAAACCGAUUGUAGCAGGUAAAUGUAGACACACCUCCUCUCACUGUACUUCUCAUACUGUAAAACAAAAUGUUUUGAGUUUUGUCUGAUACAUUAGAUUUAGUUUUUCAUUAUUAUUGUGGCGUUUCAGACUCCAGUCAGCCACAAACAUUUAAAAUGUCUCAAACGGUUGAUAACAAAGAAUUGCAAAAGUGAGGUGAAAGUUCUUCUUUUCUCUCGUGUCUCCUUGAAUUUCCUUUCUGUCACAAAAGAUGUGUGUGAAUCAAAGAUUUUGCAUUUGUGCUUUCAAACGAACUUGGCCAAAAUGCCUAAUUUCUGCUAAGCACAAGUAUUCCUGUCGACAUACCAGAGCUUUGUGGAUUCACACAUUUGAACCACUUUCAACUUUUCAUGAAUCACUUAUGUUCUAUAGAAAUGUGCAAUUUCGUUUCUUUUUUUAAAAUAAUUUUUGCCAAGUUGUCUGAAGUGAAUGUUCUUCCAUAAGUGAUUUCUUUAAAAAAAAAAAGAAUCAUACAUCUUGCAAAAGUGAACACAUGGCCUUUUUUUUUUUUUAAAUAUAACAAUCUGAAAAUUUGAUUUUCUUUAUGCCAUAAAGUUACAUGUCAUGUAUGAGUAUGUUUGUGUGGCACUGGUCAGAAGUAUGAAAUACCUCAUGGAGAGCCCUGCCUACCUAGUUCUACUACUUAAUGCCUCAUGCAGUGAACAUUGUAGGGAACUCACUGUACGCAUACUAACUCAGAUAGUUACCAAGUGUAAGACGCGGAACGAGUGAAGCAUCAGUUUUCAGGUUUGAUGUUAUCAUCUGCAGAAUCUGUCGUCACCAUCACUGUAUGAUGUUGUUGCUCUGCAGUUUGUUGUUUCCAGUUAUAUUUGCACACGUGUCGUGAAACUUCUCCCCCGAGGAGGACAUGAGGUCUACUCUGCAGCCGAGGUAACGUCGCCUGUUGUUUGCCGACAGGCGACAAGUCGGCUGCUCAAUAUUUCACCUCUGCUAAAAUUUUGGGGGGUUGUAAUAUUCAAGCAAUAUGCUGAAAGUAUUGUUUCAGUUCAUCUCAUUUGUCGUCGGUGGAUUUGACAUCCGGACACUUAAAAAAACCAUGACAACUUUCCAUCUGCCGUUUUGUUACAUUAUUUAAAAAAGCUCAUGUGUAUUAAUUGUAAUGAUUUAGGUGAUUACUGUAAAAUAUUUUUCGGAUGCCAUGGUAGCCUACAUGUAGAACUACAGAUAUAAAUUUCAGUUAAAACUGUAACUGACUUUAUUUUUGUACAAUGUUCACGUUCUUAUUUUCCUGCGGCACUUAACACAUUGUCCUCAUUAAUUGAUCACAAUCACAGCCUGGUAUUUGUGGCGUGUGCAUUCAUCUCGGAGCUCUCUGUAAAUAUUAGAAGAAAAAUACCCAGUUGGAUCUCUGUACAUCUAAGGCAAGAUUUUGUUUUCGGAAGGAGAAAACUACUAGAUUAGCUAUUGUGUAAUAAAAAGCAUAUAUCACACAUUCGGAUCUAUUGGAUUUUCAGUGCUCCAAAAUGUCUGCUCAGUAUUUAAUUCAUAUUUAUAUAACUAUUUUGUCACUCAGAAGCGUAGAUUUUUACUUCUUUGUUAGACAUUAGUUUAGAAUAUAGGCAAAUUAUUGAUGAAACUAGUUGACAUUAAUUAAAGGACUUGGAAAAUA